UUUAACCUAACCUAACCUAGAAACCUAGUAGAAAAUAAAUAAAAUGGUAUUUGUGUUGCUUUGAUUGAGUACGAAUGAAACAUAAAAAUGUCGAAUUUCAAAAAACUUAAUACGAAAAUUUAUCAGAAGAUAGAUAGUGUAACCGAAGAUACAAUUUACUGGAAAAAAUUAGGGACUCCAGUGCUAGUGAAGGAAUUCGGACAAAUAGAUUACGUGAACUUUUCCCCAAUAGAACCCUACCACUUUGCUGUAACAUGCUCAGUUCGAGUUCAGAUUUACAAUCCCAUUACAAAAUUAGUUGUCAAAAAUUUAUCGAGAUUCAGAGAAGCUGCCUAUGGAGCCACUUUUAAAUCAGAUGGUAAGAUUAUAUGUGCAGGUGGGGAAGAAGGUGUUGUUAAACUAUUUGAUGUAGCAUCGAAAAGUCUUCUGAGGUUAUUCAAGGGUCAUACAGCAGCAGUCCAUAGGAAUUUUUUCGUUGAAGACAAACCCCAAAUCUUAUCUUGUUCAGAUGAUAAAACUGUUAAAUUGUGGGAUAUCCCAACAGAAACAGAGAUUAUGUCCUUCUCCGAACACGUUGAUUAUAUUCGUGCAGGUGCAGUUAAUCCAGCAUUACCCAACAUCUUCAUUUCUGGAGGCUAUGAUGAUAAAAUAAAUAUGUAUGAUUUACGGACAAAAGAAAUUGCAUUGUCUCUAGACCAUGGGGCACCUGUGGAAGCCCUUCUGUUCUUACCUUCCGGAGGUAUAUUUAUCUCUGCCGGUGGUAACGACAUCAAAGUGUGGGACUCUUUCGCUGGUGGAAGAUGUUUAGGGACCAUAUCGGAACAUCAUAAAACUGUGACUUGCCUCACCAUGGCAUCUGAUAAUAAGAGAAUACUUUCUGGAAGUUUAGAUCGACACGUUAAAGUGUACGAUUUGAAUUUUAAAGUGGUGCACACUUUAGAUUUCCCCAAUAGUAUUUUAAGUAUUGGAGUGUCUAAAAAUGAUGAUACUUUAGUUGCGGGGUUUGUCGAUGGUAUAGUUUCCAUCCAUAGGAGAAAAGAGGAGAAAGUUGAGGAGAAAAUUGAUCAUAAGACAAACAAAAACUUCAAUCAGUUGAAUACGCAGAUCGAUUCUUUCGUCCCAGAGGAAAAACUGGAAAAAGAAGCUAAAUACGACAAAUAUCUAAGGAAAUUUCAAUUUUCAAAAGCUUUGGAUAGCGUUUUCGUGAAAUACGUCACAGGAAAAACACCGGAAAAAACAGUGGCCGUCUUGGAGGAACUGAUUAAAAGAAAGGCGUUGAGGAAAGUAUUACAAGGGAGGGACGAGGACUUCAUAAAGAGAUUCCUCCAAUUCUCAAUAAGAGAAAUCACAGACGAUAGGUUUUCCAGUGUUGUAAGGGAGGCUUUCGAGAUUUUCCUCGAAGAAUUCGAAGACGACAUACCGAAUUGGUCGCUCGAAAACAGCAGACUUCUGGCGCAUUUCAAGGAUCUGUGCGGACAGAUAUUGGAGAUGGACGAAACGAUGGUGCAGAUAGACGCCUUUUUAAAUUUGUUAUGUUCGGCCGCUGUUCAACCUUGUGGAUCGGCGGUGAGCGACAGCCUGCAGUUAUUGCCUAGCCAAGAAGCACAGAAAGACCUCAUUCUGGAUAUUAAUUGAAUGUUGUGAAUAUAUUGAAUAAAUUGUUGUCAUUUUUUA